CGCUGAACCGGCCUACACGCGCGCUAUCUCCCUAUCAUUUGUUUUCCGAUGUUAGCGGAAUUUUAGUGCAGAUUGUUUUACGAUACGUAAAGGUGUUGUUGGUGUUGCGUGUGUUGUGUUGCUUCCCAUUGUUCCCAUUUAGCAAGAACGGUUGUGGCGAAGAUAAAGUUGGACAGUCAUGUACCCAAUAAUUUACCUGCCUUACCUUUACAAUCUAUAAAUGAUCUUCGAAAAUUUGAGAAAUACUUGAGAGAGCCAGAAAAUAUGUCAACUACGAUUAAAUAUAUUAGUUUUUAUGGAAGUGAUCCAGAUGAAACAAAAGCAACGAUGAAUGUGAUGAAAAAAUUAAUGUACAACUGUUUGGCAAAAAACAUAAAUUUUAAAGGUCUUGAUCCCAAUUCAUCAAAAAUUCCUCUUGAACAAUGUCAUAUGUGGGACCUAAUUCAAGGUGCUGUGAUGUGUAAUAAAAAAGAAAAUUGUGACAUUAAUAAACUGAAGAGAGCAUGUCAAAAUUGGUUGAAGCAAGCUCCACAUCGGAAGCAAGAAAUUGCAUAUAUUCCUGUUAAGACUCCUGACGCCUCACCGAGAACUCCGUAUUGACGGUAGUAACGUUUCGUCGCGGACAAAAUUAGAGCUAUAGUAGAAACAUGACAGAUUGACGACGAAAUGUUGUGUAUGUCAUUCCAUUAUUAUAUAUUCCAUUGUGAAAAUUUGACUUAUCUCAUAUUUACCAAAUUUGUAAGAAUGGACCGCAAGUAAAGUUUCUUUGAAGUAAUACAUAAAA